AUGUCGUCAAUUCCGUCGGUGGUUCGAGAAGUCACUCUGGUCGGCGAGCAAAUUUUCGAUCAUACGCAAGUGGUGAAUUUCUUGAAACAACGGGAAAAAAAGUUCAAUUUUGUUUGCAGAUUCGUGCCGAAAUCGAUCGAUUCGUGGAGCGAUUCGAACGGAACGAGCGCCAUCGCGAAUUCGACGGAAUUCUCAGAGCCAGUCAUGCGGUACGCUCCACAAAUUAUCCAGUUAUUCGAAUUUUCAACAAAAAGCCAUUUUUUCAGCUCGUCGAAUCGUCGGAAACGCCCGUCGAAGGCCUCUUCGACAUGGGAAGAAUGCAGAAAAUGACGGAAGACGUCGACGAAAUCACGCGGAAAAUUCAGGCGUUGAGCGAGCCGAAAUAUCAAAAAGUAGGCGGGAACAUUGACUCUUUUUGCUUUUUUCAAAUAAAAAUUUACCUGAAAACUCGAGAAAUUUCAUUUUUUAUUUGCAGGAGCACGAGGCGUACUUGGACAAAGUGAAAGAGGAGCAGAAGAAGUACGUGGACGCGUGUCGGGAGCAGGCAAUGCUCAAAAUGAGAAAUCUGGCGGCCAAUCGAUAA